AUGGCGAAUGUUUCUGUCCUUAUCAUCCUGGUAACGCUUGCCGCCAUCUUCCAGCAAGUUUCGGUUGUACUAGCGGAGCCAAAACUUUGCACACCACUGGGUCAUCCGGAUUGGGAUUGCAAUAGCCCGCUUGUUUGUGAGAAGGAUUGGCCUUCGGAGACAGGGAAUUAUGGGUCGAGAGAUCUCAACACCAAGAUCAAACAACGCAGUGAAUCUCAGGGGAGAAUUUUGUUCUUGGACAGUGAGGUCAAUUCAACAACCGUCAAAAACGACAUUCAUCGACGCCGAUUAGCCACAAUGUUGGCGGCUCAAAAUUCUCAAAACCAUUCAAUUGUUUCUCGAUCUGCCACAUCAGUGUUUCCAGAGCAGUGCUGUCGUCUUACCGUGGAGUGCUUUGACUUCAUCGAGAAGGAGAUCCCAAAUCAUCGCAGAGAUUACAAUGGCCGACUCCUGAUAGAGGAUUUCAGUCUGUGGAAGAAGGCCGAAUGUUGCAUGUCAGACUUCGUGACACCAAAGUCGUGGUGUUUGACUCCGCCGCCUCGAAAUAGCUGGUUCUCGUGGCAUGCGCCACCUGAAUGCGCGGAGUUCCACUAG